AGGCCGAGACCCGCCAGAGGCUGCUGCGCACGGUCAAGAAAGAGGUGAAACAGAUCAUGGAGGAGGCCGUGACACGCAAGUUUGUGCAUGAGGACAGCAGCCACAUCAUCUCCUUCUGUGCGGCCGUGGAGGCGUGUGUGUUGCACGGGCUGCGGCGACGGGCGGCCGGCUUCCUGCGCAGCAACAAGAUUGCAGCACUCUUCAUGAAGGUGGGCAAGAGCUUCCCGCCGGCUGAGGAGCUGAGCCGCAAGGUGCAGGACCUGGAGCAGCUGAUCGAGAACGCACGGAACCAGAUGCAGGGCCUUCAGGAGAACGUACGGAAGUUGCCCAAGCUGCCCAACCUGUCACCGCUCGCCAUCAAGCACCUGUGGAUCCGCACGGCCUUGUUUGAGAAGGUCCUGGACAAAAUUGUGCAUUACCUUGUGGAAAACAGCAGCAAAUACUAUGAGAAGGAUGCUCUCCUGAUGGACCCUGUGGACGGCCCUAUCCUUGCAUCUCUGUUGGUGGGGCCCUGUGCCCUGGAAUAUACCAAGAUGAAGACUGCCGAUCACUUCUGGACGGACCCCUCGGCUGACGAGCUGGUCCAGAGACACCGCAUCCACAGCUCGCACCUGCGCCAGGACUCGCCCACCAAGCGUCCAGCCCUUUGUAUCCAGAAGAGACAUUCAAGUGGCAGCAUGGACGACCGGCCAUCCCUCUCCGCCCGCGACUACGUGGAGUCCCUGCAUCAGAACUCCCGGGCCACUCUGCUUUAUGGCAAGAACAAUGUCCUGGUGCAGCCGAGAGACGACAUGGAGGCUGUGCCAGGGUACCUGUCCCUGCACCAGACGGCUGAUGUCAUGACCUUGAAGUGGACACCCAACCAGCUGAUGAAUGGGUCUGUGGGGGAUCUGGACUAUGAGAAGAGUGUCUACUGGGACUAUGCCAUGACCAUCCGCUUGGAGGAGAUUGUCUACCUGCACUGCCACCAGCAAGUGGACAGCGGUGGCACGGUGGUGUUGGUCAGCCAGGAUGGCAUCCAGAGGCCGCCCUUCCGCUUCCCCAAGGGCGGGCACCUCCUGCAGUUCCUCUCAUGCCUGGAGAAUGGGCUGCUCCCCCAUGGGCAGCUGGACCCACCACUGUGGUCCCAGCGAGGGAAGGGCAAAGUGUUCCCCAAGCUGCGCAAGCGAAGCCCUCAGAGCUCAGCUGAGUCCACGUCUUCAGACAAGGAGGAUGAUGAGGCCACAGAUUAUGUGUUCAGAAUCAUCUACCCCGGCAUGCAGUCAGAAUUUGUCCCCCAGGAUCUGAUGGAUGUCUCUGUAAACAACCUGCCAUCACUAUGGCAACCCAGUGCUCGGAAAUCCUCCUGCUCAUCUUGUUCACAGAGUGGCUCGGGCGAUGGUAGCUCAACCAAUGGCUGCAACCAUGAGAGGGCACCUUUGAAACUUCUCUGUGACAAUAUGAAAUACCAGAUCCUUUCCAGAGCCUUCUAUGGGUGGCUGGCCUACUGCAGACACCUGUCCACUGUGAGGACUCACCUGUCGGCCUUGGUCAAUCACAUGAUUGUGUCUCCAGAUUUGCCUUGUGAUGCUGGACAGGGGCUGACGGCUGGGAUCUGGGAGCAGUACCUGCAGGACAGCACAAGGUACGAAGAGCAGGAGCUGCUGCGCCUGAUCUACUAUGGGGGCAUCCAACCAGCCAUCCGCAAGGCCGUGUGGCCCUUCCUACUGGGCCACUACCAGUUCGGGAUGACGGAAAUUGAGAGGAAGGAGGUGGAUGAGCAGAUCCAUGCCUGCUAUGCACAAACUAUGUCUGAGUGGUUGGGCUGUGAGGCCAUCGUGCGGCAGAGGGAGCGGGAGUCCCACGCGGCUGCCCUGGCCAAAUGCUCAUCGGGGGCCAGCCUGGACAGCCACCUGCACCGGAUGAUGCACCGGGACUCCACCAUCAGCAACGAGUCAUCCCAGAGCUGCAGUUCCGGCCGCCAGAACAUCCGCCUGCAGAGCGACUCCAGCAGCAGCACCCAGGUGUUUGAGUCAGUGGAUGAGGUGGAGCAAGUGGAGGUAGAAGGCAGGUUGGAGGAGAAACAGCCCAAGAUCCCCAAUGGGAACGUGGUCAACGGCACUUGUUCCCCGGACUCUGGUCAUCCUUCUUCCCACAACUUCUCCUCUGGCCUCUCGGAGCACUCGGAGCCCAGCCUGAGCACAGAGGACAGUGUCUUGGAUGCCCAGAGGAAUGUUCUCCCAGCACUCCGCCCUGGGGACAGCAGCAUGGAUGACGGACAGAGCAGCGAGGCCACCACUUCCCGGGACGAGGCCCCCCGCGAGGAGUUGGCUGUGCAGGACAGCCUGGAGAGCGACCUCCUGGCCAACGAGAGCAUGGACGAGUUCAUGUCCAUCUCUGGCAGCAUAGACGUGGCCCUGCCUGACAAGGAUGGUGCCAUGAUAGAGAGCUGGCAGGUCAGCGAGGCGGAGAAGCACAGCCGGGCAGACAGUGAGGACAACCUGUCCGAGGAGCCCGAGAUGGAAAGUCUUUUUCCUGCCCUGGCCUCGCUGGCCGUGGCCACUUCUGCCAACAGUGAAGCGUCCCCUGUGUCAUCCAGUGGCGUCACCUACUCUCCAGAACUGCUGGACCUGUACACGGUGAACCUGCACCGCAUUGAGAAGGACGUGCAGAGAUGCGAUCGCAACUACUGGUACUUCACGCCCGCCAACCUGGAGAAGCUGCGCAACGUCAUGUGCAGCUACAUCUGGCAGCACAUUGAGAUCGGCUACGUGCAGGGCAUGUGUGACCUCCUGGCCCCACUGCUGGUCAUCCUGGAUGACGAGGCCCUGGCCUUCAGCUGCUUCACAGAGCUCAUGAAAAGAAUGAACCAGAACUUCCCACACGGAGGCGCCAUGGACACACACUUUGCCAACAUGAGGUCGCUGAUCCAGAUCCUGGACUCUGAGCUGUUUGAGCUGAUGCACCAGAAUGGGGACUACACUCACUUCUACUUCUGCUACCGCUGGUUCCUCCUGGACUUCAAGCGAGAACUGGUCUAUGAUGACGUCUUCUCGGUCUGGGAGACCAUCUGGGCAGCCAAGCAUGUGUCAUCUGCCCACUAUGUGCUGUUCAUCGCACUGGCCCUGGUGGAAGUCUACCGGGAUAUCAUCCUGGAGAACAACAUGGACUUCACGGACAUCAUCAAGUUCUUUAAUGAAAUGGCCGAGCGACACAAUGCCAAGCAGGUUCUGAAGCUGGCCCGGGACCUUGUGUACAAGGUGCAGACGCUGAUCGAGAACAAGUGA